AUGACUGCUGCGAUCCUUACCUUACCCGAAUCCACAUGGCCGCUGCAGAAAAAGACUCGCGCGGUUCGGGCGUUUCACAAGAUUGGUUGGAUCCAUAACGAUCUCUUGGCUAGGCAUCAUACGGAAGAAGCUUACGCGGGUAGCACAUUUAGCAGCCCGCUCUGUUCAUCUCCUGCGGUUUUCGCAGCACCUGAACACAGCACUCCACCGACGAAUCCCAUUGUUUCAGGUUCAGGCUGCUGUCCUAUGCAGGAAGAUAGCCUUGAAGCCGAACCUCCGAUUCCAGUUGCUAAUGGGACCAUAGGAAGCUGCUUUUCAAACUACCGCGCGGACUCUGGCUGGAAUAGCGAUGUCCUAUCUGGACACUCAAACUACCCUAAUCCAUGCGAACCUCCGACUGCCAGGCUGAUGGACAGUCAUUCGCACUCCCAACAGUACAGUGGCCUUGGGUUUGAACGAACUUAUUCAGGCAAUGAAACCAACCACCUUCAAAUGCAUUCAAAGGGUGAUUACUCGACCUGA